AUGGAGGGAGAAGCGAACCCUGAGCUGAAACUCGAAGGCAACGUACCAGCCCGGUAUGUCAUGCCGCAGCAGGACCGCCCGUCCGCUGCCGCAGGUGUUGCGCCUAUCCCCGUCAUCGACCUCGGCCGCCUUUCCAGGCCUGACACCGAUGGUGGUGCCGUCGAGGAGGCAGCGAAACUCCGGUGGGCGCUCGAGACCUGGGGCUUCUUCAUGAUUACUAACCAUGGUAUCGAGGCCUCUCUUAUGGAUGCGAUGAUGAAUGCAUCCAAGGAGUUCUUCGGGCAGCCUAUUGAAGAGAAGCAAAAAUACAACAACAUAAUUGAUGGCAAGCGUUUUCGUCUUGAAGGGUACAGAAGUGAGCUGCUGCAAUCUGAAGGCCAGACCCUCGAUUGGUCUUGCCGUUUAUCUCUGCAAGUAGAACCGGAAGAGGAGAGAAGUUUCCACCUUUGGCCCAAGUAUCCCAAAUCUUUGAGGCAAAUUGGAUCCUUCCGAUCUACACUACUCUUCAUCGGCAGCGGUUACUGUUCUAGUGCGCUGGUCCUAUGGGGCCUUAGCACGACGACUUCCUGA